AGCGUGCCCUGCGCGGCGCCGGCGACGAGCGUGGGGGAGGUGCGGGAGGAGGAAGCGGCGGCGACACGGAGAGUCCCCCGCGUCCACCCGGCAGCCGAUCGCCCACCCGGGCCUGCACCCGCAGCCCGCGUCUACGCACCCUCGGCGGCCCCGCAGCCUGUCGCGCCUCGCGGACCCGGCCGCAGCCCCCAAGUGUCGCGCUCGCCUGAGUCACCGCCAUGGCCGAGAGCGCAGAGAGCGGCGGCCCACCGGGCGUGCAGGACAGUGCGGCCGACGGCGGCCCCGCAGAGCCCAAGAUCAUGAAGGUCACGGUGAAGACGCCGAAAGAGAAGGAGGAGUUCGCUGUGCCCGAGAACAGCUCGGUCCAGCAGUUCAAAGAAGAAAUCUCUAAACGUUUCAAAUCUCAUAUUGACCAACUUGUGUUGAUAUUUGCUGGAAAAAUUUUAAAAGAUCAAGAUACUUUGAGUCAGCAUGGGAUUCAUGAUGGACUUACGGUUCACCUUGUCAUCAAAACACAGAACAGGCCGCAAGAUAAUUCAGCUCAGCAAACAAAUACCACUGGAAGCAAUGUGACCAGCUCACCAGCUCCUGAUAGUAACCCCGCAUCUGGUUCUGCUGCUAACAGUUCUUUUGGCGUAGGUGGACUUGGAGGCCUUGCAGGUCUUAGUAGCUUGGGUUUAAAUACCACCAACUUCUCUGAACUACAGAGCCAAAUGCAGCGGCAGCUUUUGUCUAACCCUGAAAUGAUGGUCCAGAUCAUGGAGAAUCCCUUCGUCCAGAGCAUGCUCUCAAAUCCUGACCUGAUGCGGCAAUUGAUUAUGGCCAAUCCACAAAUGCAACAGUUGAUACAGAGAAAUCCAGAAAUUAGUCAUAUGCUUAAUAAUCCAGAUAUAAUGAGACAAACACUGGAACUUGCCAGAAAUCCAGCGAUGAUGCAGGAAAUGAUGAGAAACCAGGACCGAGCCUUGAGCAACCUAGAAAGUAUUCCUGGGGGCUACAAUGCCUUACGGCGCAUGUAUACAGAUAUCCAGGAGCCUAUGCUGAAUGCCGCGCAAGAACAGUUUGGUGGUAAUCCAUUUGCUUCCUUAGUGAGCAGCAGUUCAUCCUCAACAGAAGGGACUCAGCCUUCUCGAACAGAAAAUAGGGAUCCACUCCCCAACCCGUGGGCUCCACAGACUUCCCAGAGCUCACCAGCUUCGGGUACCACUGGCAGCACCACUAACACCGUGAGCACCUCUGGUGGCACUGCUACCAGUCCCCCUGCUGGACAGAGCACCUCGGGCCCAAGCUUGGUGCCUGGUGCAGGAGCUAGUAUGUUCAACACACCAGGAAUGCAAAGCUUGUUACAACAGAUAACUGAGAACCCACAGCUCAUGCAGAACAUGCUGUCCGCCCCGUACAUGAGAAGCAUGAUGCAGUCCCUGAGCCAGAACCCUGACCUUGCUGCCCAGAUGAUGCUGAAUAACCCCCUAUUUGCUGGAAAUCCUCAGCUUCAAGAACAAAUGAGACAACAGCUCCCAACUUUCCUCCAACAAAUGCAGAACCCCGACACACUCUCAGCUAUGUCGAACCCUAGAGCCAUGCAGGCGCUGCUGCAGAUCCAGCAGGGCUUGCAGACGCUGGCCACAGAAGCUCCUGGCCUCAUCCCGGGGUUUGCUCCUGGCUUGGCAGCAGGCAAUUCUGGAGGCUCCUCAGGAACCAAUGCACCUAGCACUGCACCUAAUGAGGAUACGAACCCCCAAGGGGGCACUGCUGAGCCAGGCCACCAGCAGUUCAUCCAGCAAAUGCUGCAGGCCCUUGCCGGGGUGAAUCCUCAGCUGCAGAGUCCAGAAGUCAGAUUUCAGCAACAACUGGAGCAGCUCAGUGCCAUGGGAUUCUUGAACCGGGAAGCAAACUUGCAGGCACUGAUAGCAACGGGGGGUGACAUCAACGCCGCAAUCGAGAGGCUGCUGGGCUCCCAGCCCUCAUAGCAGCAUUUCUGUAUCCUGAAAAAAUGUAAUUUAUUUUUGAUAACGGCUCUUAAAUCUUUAAAAUAACCUGCUUUAUUUCAUUGGGAUUCUGUGCUGUUAUAAAGGAACCAAUAGGAAGUACCUGGAGGUGGCGUGCGGGUCUCUGUCUUGUUGGACAGUGGGAAUCAAUGUUUCUGGUUAAGGCUGCUGCAUGCAUCAAACACUUGGCAUUAUUGCAAUUUUUUUAAAAACAUCACCUUUUCUAAUUGGGUGAACAAAUUUUUGUCCUGCAUCUGUCCAACUAACUUGCUUUUUAAACAUAACCCUAUGGUAGUAAUUUAUGUAGAAUAAAGGCAUUAAAAAGCAGAUCAUCCGCGCACUCCAUGAUUUCUGGUACAAUGUUGCUUAUUGUGACUUUGGCAUGUACUUUGCAAAUAAUGCUGUAAGAUUUAUACUACUGACAGUUUUGUUUAUUUGUAUACAAUACAAAUUAUUGCAUAUUUCUAGGCCAUCUAAGCAAAAUUUCUGUAACCAAAAAAAUACACUAAGGAUUCCUAAUUGUGUAGAAUCUUACAGCAUCUUUGAUAACACCUCUCAGCAGAAGUGCCAUUUAGUCCAUGUGGAAAAUAGAGAAAAACUAAUUCUGGUAAUCUCUUUAGGGACAUUUAAUUGUACAGACAACAUAAUGUAACAAUAUCUCAGCAUUAUAUAAUGGCUGUAAAUUACCUUUAUUUGUGCCGACUGGAGGAGCACCGUAACAUACUCUGAUGUGUUUGCUGGGGCAUCCUGCUCCCCAUUGGUGUCUAAGCAGCACUGAGUUUAUUGAAAUGUCGCUUUCACUGGAAGUGCUGAUGUUUCGGUUCUAAUUGCCAUAUAAAAUAGAGCUGUCUUUUGGGUUUAUCAGCUUUCUCAUUCAUAGGCAAUACCUGGGUUUUAAAUAAUUAGUGAGCCACUUGUUUCUCAAGUGUUUGGCUAGUUCUAUUAAGAAAUAGUUGAAUGUCGUGCUGUUCGGAGCCUCAGAAGGGGGUGGGGGAGGGGUGAGGCAGAAUCUAUUCUGGGUUGGGCCAGCCUGAACUAGGUAAUACUGGCAACUAAGAUUCUGUGAAGAUUCUAUGCAUAUAGUAGUGUCAGUGGGGUGAAAAAGAGCCGUUUUAACAAUUUUGAGUAAGUUUGGCUAUUCUGUGGCCUCUUUCUUCCUUCCCCAAAGACGUUCUACUUGCCUAACUCUCAAACUGUUGGGGUGAUACAUUCCUUUGGGACCAAUUAAAAUAAAACGUUGGGGUCAGUGAUAUAUGUGACUGGCUCUGGUUCAGUAUUCUCUUAGGUCACUGUAUUCUCUCUUGUAUGGUUGCCCGAAAUUAUAAUGUUAAGUAAUCUAAAAUAAGUUCAGACAAGUAAAAUCAAGGGAAAUAGAAGGUGAAUUCUAUAACUUCUGUUGCUUGAUAUUAAAGGUUGAGAGGCAGGUCGGCCCCAGACUGUACACUUUUCUGACACUUUUCCCAGGAAGAAAACAAUGUACAAAGGUCGGGGUGGAGGCGUGACUGAGGAGCUGGGCACAGUGUGCAUAUGUCUGCUCUCUCUGCCUUAAGUCUCAGUCUGUCUGGUCGAAAGACUUUGUACUGGUGAAUGGCAAUAUGCAGGUGGGACAGUGUCAAAAGCAGUUUGAUUUAUUAAUCACCAAGUAACAAUAAAUCUCCAGCUUUUA